UCUUCCCUUUGUAUUCUUUAAAACUUCAGAUAAACACAGCUACAAAGUAAAGCAAGAAAAAAAAAAAGAAAGAAAAAAUGGCAGCUACUCUAACUGGUAUGAGCAUCUUCACAACUGGAGUUGUCCCUAAACCAGAAAUACAAAAACAAGUGAGCAUCAGCUCUUGGAGGACUUUUACAGGGUACAAAGCCGGCCGAAUUGCUCUCGGCCGGGUGUCCGCCAGUGGCCCGACAACACCUUCGAAUAUAUCGAAUAAAGUCACGGAGAGCAUCAAGAAUGCAGAAGAGAUGUGUUCUGAAGACCCUGCGAGCGGAGAGUGUGUAGCUGCAUGGGAUGAAGUCGAGGAGCUCAGCGCCGCUGCGAGUCAUGCUCGUGACAAGCUCAAGGAGAACUCCGAUCCCCUCGAGAAGUACUGCAAGGACAAUCCGGAGACUGAUGAGUGCCGCACCUACGACAAUUAAAGAACAAAAUAAACAUUAAAGAUUAUGCUUUUGAAUGUUUUCGUAUUCAUGCUGCUGUCGUAUAUUUAUGGGAUGUAAUUCCAUAGAAUCUGAUCGGUACAAGAUGGGAAUUGUAAUACAACAUGGAAUGGUUUUUCGAUAGUUUGAUGUCCUGUAUGCAU